AUGGGCGAAAGCGGACUGCCGUUGCGACCGCCCUCCUUGGCCCUCUUCUCUCUCGUGUCCAAGACCGAGGCUGCAAAGGAGGUUGUGGCACACCCUGGAAACCGGCAUCUAGUAUGGAAGCGAGACAAGGGCGAUCUCGCACUUGCCAUCGGACACGUUCGAUCCACCGUCAACUCCGACACACUGGCUUCAAUCGGACGAAAUGCCGACGUUCUCAUCCAUAGCGGAACUAUAAGCCAGGUCCAAUGUGCCUUCGAAUUUGAGGCAAAGACGGGUCACAUCGUCUUGUAUGACAGAUCCCGGCUGCAGACGACUCAGGUAUUCGGGAAACGCUGCGCGCCGUUCACGAGGGAGUCGCGCUCCAUGGUCAUCGCAGGGGGGGACGACAUCCAGCUAGGCUUCGGCGGCGUCGACAGCAGCGUCUACCUCUUCGAGCUUCUCUGGCACGCCACCCAGGCGGACAUUACCGCCCGCGUCGCCAACCCCGUGAGGCUCCGGGACAAUCCUCGCCUUGCCUUGACCGCAGAUGAAAUCGACCUGGGUCCGACGCGGCUUGAGACGCCGCGUCACGGGAUGCAGACGCGAAUACACGUACCGGUCACGCGAAGGCCAAACUACCAGACGGUGGCCCUGAUUGGGGAAGGUGCCUUUGGCCGCGUGCACCAGGCCAUGGAUAAGGACCAGGGAGUCAUGAUUGCGUUCAAGGUGCUCAGGGCGCCUGCCAAGGACACCUCGGCGUACGAAGAAUGGUGGUUCAACCUGAAGCGCGAGGUUGAGACGCUUCACCGCGUGCAUCACAAAAAUGUCAUAUCCAUCAUUGGUACCGAGAACCUAACCACAAACUCCCCACGGCUGUUCAUGCCACUCAUGGACGGAAAUCUCGAGCAGCUUGCAAAAGAAUGUGCCGGGCAGGAAUCGGAUCUCUGCGGCGCCAUGACCCACGAAAUGCUUCAGGCGCUCGACUACCUGCACGUGAACAGCGUCAUCCAUCGUGACAUUAAGCCGGCCAACAUCCUCUAUAAACGCGAAAAGGAUAAGAGGUUCCGCUUCGUCCUGGGCGACUUUGGCCUAUGCAACAACGCCAACAUGGCCGAGACGUGCGGUCGAGGUACACCUCUCUAUAUGGCCCCCGAGGUCCUCGGUGUCACCCAAUUCGAGCAGUCGUCACGUUCGGACAUAUGGUCACUUCUUGUCACCAUAAUAUGGACACUCGACCAAGACGGUUUUCGAAAGGCCUCCCAUGCCCUGCCCGGCCCUUGGAACGCCCCAAGCGGAAUGGAACAAUGCUGGAAGCUAGUCCAGGCUACGUCCCAUGGCCUCCCCAAGUGGAACGCAAUGUGUAACAUCGAUCCCUCUCAGCGACCGUCGGCAGCCGAGUUGCUAUGCUCGAACUAUAACGGCCAAGGCCUUGUCACCCCGCGACGACGGAUUCCGUGGGUUAAGGUGACCCCUCCGGAGCCGGCGGCUACACCCAAGCCGCCGGCACAGGCCGCUGCACCCAAGGGGUCGCCACAGGCGGCUGUACCCAAGGGGUCACCACAGGCGGCUACACCCAAGCCGUCACAACAGGCGGCUAACCCCAAGCCGUCACCACAGGCGGCUAACCCCAAGCCAUCGCCACAGGCGGCUAACCCCAAGCCAUCGCCACAGGCGGCUACACCCAGACCGUCGCCGCAGGCCGCUGCACCCAAGCCGUCGCCACAGGCGGCUACACCCAGACCGUCGCCGCAGGCCGCUGCACCCAAGCCGUCGCCACAGGCGGUUACACCCAGACCGUCGCCGCAGGCCGCUGCACCCAAACCAUCGCCACAAGCUAAGCCAAUUCAGAGAAAGGGGACCGACAUGAUGGAUUAUGAAAUGACACCGCAGGUGCCGGCGCGAUCAAACGGCAAGAGCUCUUUACAAGGGCUCAUGCCAGGAUGCUAUCCUCACGAAAACACGCCGUCCAACCUAUCGCCACCGUCUAUGCUAAACCGCACGCCUCGCUCGCUCCGCAACGACGGGAAGGACCUCGGCCCGGUUUCUGAUAGGAACCAGUCAGGAAGUGACGGUAAGCGUUCGCGGAGCUUUCGUAAAAUGUUUCACUAG